CACUGAUAACACGUAGGGCCGUGUAUCUCAGAUUUAACAUUGUUAAUACUUGAUGCCUUUAAGUUCGUUCCGUGCAGACAGACAAUGUCCUAUCUGAUAACCAAAUUCCUUGUUCAGUCAAGAAGGUGAACUUCGAUCACUCCGUUUCUUAUCUUUGCAUUUUUGUUCUACUUCUGUUUACCCUCCAGAUACACGUGACAAAGAUCUCUUCCAGUCAGGCUCCUCCAACGGCCUAGCUCGCUUCCUUACUUGCGCCUCCUCCUCCUCUUCAAAGUCUCCAUCCUUGGCUGUUACCGAUGGCAACGGGCAGAAGCCAGACGAUGCUAUCCUCCUGGAAGAAGAGGCUCAUAUGUACAUGCAGGCUCUCAAUGGAUUCAUCAUUGUCAUCCAGAGUGACGGACAGAUCUUCUACGCUUCACCGUCCGUUCAGGAGUACCUUGGUUUCCAGGACGCUGACAUCAUGCACCAGAAUGUCUUUGAGCUGAUCCACAAGGAAGAUCGGGAGGACUUUCAGAAGCAGCUUCUGCUUGCCUCACCCACGACCUGCUCCCAGGAGGUGACCCAGAGGAGCAUCACCAACGGCAACGGUACCAACGAUGGCCACGGCAUACAACCUGACACCAAUGACGCUGAGUCUUCACUGGACCGGAAUUUCACCAGUCGUCUCAGGUGCUUGCUGGACGAAUCCUCUGGGUUUCUGAGCCUACAGUUCAGUGGGCGCCUGCGUAUGCUGAAUGGCCAGCGGACCAGGGGCAAGGAUGGCAUCCCCAUUGACGUGGACCCACCAGAGAUGGCGCUCUUUGCUCUCGCCAGUCCCCUUCAGCAGCCGACCAUCCUGGAGAUCUACGUGCGCAACAUGAUCUUCAGGACCAAACACAAGCUCGACUUCAAGACUGUCAAUCUGGAUACAAAGGGCUCUGAAGUUCUUGGCUACACCGACAUGGAGUUCAAAUCAUUGCCUGGAUACCAGUAUGUUCACUACGAAGACAUCAUCUACUGCUCUGAGAUGCACAGCUCAUUGAUCCGGAAAGGAGAGACAGGCUUCAUCUACUUCCGUCUCAUGUCCAAGGUGAUGAAGUGGGUCUGGGUCCAGGCCAAAGGGAGGGUCAUGUACAAGAAUGGCAAACCAGACUACUUGGUCUCCACCCACAGACCUAUGAGUGAUGAGGAGGGAGAUCAGCAUCUCAUGAACCGCAGGAAGCCCUUCAGAUGGCCAUUCACAGGGAAAGCUGAGGUCUACGAGUGCAACCCACCCUACCCUCCAAUACCACCAGUCAUACUGCAUGCUCUUCAGAGAGGCGAGGUUCCCAGCUUUGGAGGAGGGCCACCUCCUGGAGUCUCCAUGGGUGAUAUGCCACCAGGAAUGGGCGGAAUGCCACCGGGAAUGCCUCCAGGAAUGGGCGGAAUGCCUCCGGGCAUGGGCGGAAUGCCACCAGGCAUGCCUCCAGGAAUGGGCGGAAUGCCACCAGGAAUGCCCCCAGGAAUGGGCGGUAUGCCACCAGGAAUGCCUCCAGGAAUGGGUGGUAUGCCACCAGGAAUGCCUCCAGGAAUGCCCCCUGGUAUGGGGGACUUCCCUCCAGGCGGCAUGCCAUUUGGAGACAACGGGCCACCACCAUUUGGAAUGAACAAGGAGUCCAUGUUCAGUCCAAGGCCGGAGACAGGUGGAACGCCAUCGUUCGAAGGGCCCACGCCAAGAUACCAGUUCAAACGCUCCCCUGGGUACUCCCCGCCUAACUACUCCUGCGAGGGCAUGGAGAGCAAUGUCAAUGAUGGGGUUGGAGGUGUGUUUAAGCAGAAGGAAUGGCCAACGAUGAAUGGUAACAGAAGCUUCUUGGAAAAUGGAAUCAAGGGGCACAUCAGCCCCCAGGAGACCCUACCGCCAAUGACAAGGGAAUCCACAAGGACAGAGUUCUCCAGAAACUUGGGUGAUGCAUCCGUGAAUAUGUUGAGUGAGACGCAGAGCUGGUCAUGCAGGCAUGAGGCUAUGAACAGCUCGCCUUCAAAUCAAGGUACAUCAUUAUCGCCUCAAGUGGGUCAGCACAAGUUGCAGCCACAGAUACAUCAGCAGCUUCAGCAUCAGCAACAGAUCUCUACACCUUCACAGAACCAAGGUCAUGCCUUGGAAACAUCCAACAUGUGCUCCCCACGAUCAACAAGUAGCAAUGACAGUGGGUUUAGUGGUGUACACAUGAAUGGACAGAUGCAGAACAAUGGUAUUGGACGUAACCAGUCAUCAAGGAAAGUCGCUGUAGUGGGUCCAUGCCAGGUCAGUCCUGGGAUGCUACUUUCCCAGAGAGUCCAAGAUGUCAGAGCUCCUACACUAAGCACAGGGAGCUUGGACAGUGGGGUUGACAACUUGCCCUUUGAGAAUGGAGAGGAUAUCCCGACAUUCGAUGAUGCCCUCUCCCUGUCACUGUUUGAGUUGGAGCAGCAAAGGGCUCUUGCAGAAACUAUUUUGACGAGUGGCAAUCUUGACACGCUUGCAGUGAACUCAUGGACUCAUAACAAUGCACAAAAUCAGGAAUUCCACAAUAUGCCAAACCAGAUUGGACCAAAAGCAGAAAUGAACACUAUGCAGUUUAACCCUCUGCCAGUACCUCCUAAUGACUCCUGUAAUGUCCUGAGAUCACUACUGAUUAACCCUCAGAUGAAAGUGUCCUGUAAGCAGGAGGUGCAGAGUUCUUCAUCUCCAGUCACGUCCAUCACCCACCCAAACACGGUGGAGUGGAGGUCACCAUCGUCCAAAGCCCCUGGUCCUCCCCAGAAUUCAGUCCACCCUCAGUCAGGACAGCCAACCGGCAUGACCCCUCCCCAUUCAAAGAAUAUGUUAAUGCAAAGUUCAGUUUCCUCACAGCAAUCGCAGCAUCAAGUGCAUUCCUCCGGGGUAUCUCAUUCACAGCACCACUCCAAGCACAGCCAGCAGCCUAGCCACCAAACCCACCUGAUGAAGACCCAAGCGAGUUGUAAGAUGAGUGGUCAGAGACAGCAGCCUCCAGUCCAGUCUGUCAGCGAUUCUCCAAGCUAUCUUCCAGUGACCACCGCAUCUACCGUUCAGAUUCAGUCCAAUCAACCAGAACGGCAACUGAUGCAAGCACAGAGGCAACAGUCCCAUCAACAACAGCGGCAUCAUCAACAACAGCAACAGCAACAACAACAACAACAACAACAACAACAGCAGCAGCAGCAGCAACAGCAGCAACAACAACAACAACAACAGCAACAGCAGCAGCAGCAGCAGCAGUCGAUGCCCAUCCAAAGGCUACAGAACCGGAUGGAACAUCCUGCUAAAACUGCCGGCAUUUCUUCCCACAAUCAGCAGCAGUCAUAUCAACAACAGAUGCAGCAAAAUCAGCAACAGCAGCAACAGCAACAGCAGCAACGACAGCAGCAGCAACAACAGCAGCAACAACAACAGCAGCAACAGCAGCACAUACAGCAGCAAAAGGCAUUACAAGCCCAGAGGAGGCAACAAAACCAGCAACAGCAUCCUUCAAGAUCUGCUGCUAUUUCUCCCCAACAUCAGCGGCAACAAGAGCAGUUGCUUCAACAACAACAACAACAACACCAACAACAACAACAACAACAACAACAACAUUUGUACCAGCAACCGCAACAAAUACAUCAUCAAAAACAACAAGUGCAUCAGCACCAGCAACAACAGUCGCAUCAACAUCAACAAAGAUUCCAGGAACAACCACAAGUGCAUCAACACCAGCAGCAAGAACAACAGUUCAAUCAACAACAACAGCAGCAACAACAACAACAACAACAGCAACAACAGAACUUUAACUACCAGACAACAAACUUGCCAGUGAUGAAAUGUGAAAUGCAGACGAGGCACUCACAUGCCAUUCUGUCACAUAAUAACAUUCAGUUGGACAGGAGGGGCUUCUCUGGCAACCCAGUGAUGAUGCAUAAUGGAGAUGGAAGCAUGGGGCUUGAGUUUAACCAGGACAUGUCACUGUCGGGCGGCAGCAACCUUCACCCCACGACCCAGCCUGACUUUCUGCCCCCUGACCUGACCUCUGAGCUCCUAUCCACAAUGCUGCCCGUCAUGAAUGACCACCAAGUAGGGGACAAGCAGGGUUUCUUUGAGCUUCCAAUGAAUGGUAUGGUCAUGUGAACGUGGCGCUGUCAUCCAUAAUGGCUUCCAGGUCCCGCUAAGGCAUACCACCAACCAAACGUCCGAGAUUAAAAGAUGGCCAUUGAACCGACUCCAAGGUUUCCCAGUUUGGAUUCCAGAGGUGCCAGUUUUCUGCCUAUUCCAAGAUUUCAGGCCCUCUUUAAGCCAGGACUUGUUACUCCACCAGUGAAUUUAACCUUUACCCCUAGACUUAGCCUGACCUAUUGACCCUUGACAUGACCUCAGAGCUUCUGUCCACCAUGAUGCCUGGCAUAAUCGCUCAUCAAGAAGGGAUGCUGAAUUAUUCUGAGUUUAUCAUUUUUUAUUCACAGGAUACCGUUUCUCUAGAUAUUGAAUCCUAACUCCUCCCUGCGUUGGUGGCUCAUAAUAAUACAACUUUUGUUGAGCUUUAACAUGUCUGGGUCUCUUUUUAGGCUUAAAUAGCAUACAGAUAUUUUUCCCCCUAGAAAACUAGUGAGAUACAUUUACACUUAUAUUAAGUGUAUUCACAUCCAGGGCUAGUUCACAGUGUUUGGAACUACAUGUUCUGGUACAUGUUCCAGUAUUGUGUUCACAU